GUUUCCCUCAUCACAACGCAAGGCUUCUCGGGAUACGUUGUAACCGGGGGCGCCAUAUUGGAGUUUACUAUUGUUAUAAAUAGAGACGAGGCUGCUGCUGGCUGAGUUUACAUGUUUUCUUCAAGUUUGUUGUGAUUAUCCAAAGGAAUCUCAUCGGAGGGUCAUGAAAGAAAUGUCAGCGACCAACAUCAGUACACUUGGUGGGCAGCAGCAGCCUCAGCAGAAACACUAUGGCAUCACCUCCUCCAUCAGUCUGGCCUACCCCAGGGAGAUCGACCACAUGUACACACAGAAGCUCACGGAGGCCAUGAAACCCUUUGGUGUGUUUGAGGACGAAGAUGAGCUGAACCACAGGCUAGCCGUUCUGGGCAAAUUAAAUAACAUCGUCAAAGAGUGGAUUUCAGAAAUAAGUGAAGUAAAGAACCUCCCGCCCUCAGCAGUCGCUAGCGUUGGAGGGAAAAUCUUUACGUUCGGCUCAUACAGGCUGGGUGUUCAUACCAAAGGGGCUGAUAUUGACGCGUUGUGUGUGGCGCCGCGUCAUGUGGAGAGGACCGACUUCUUCCUGUCCUUCUUCGAGAAGCUCAAACAGCUGGAGGAGAUAAAGGAUUUGCGGGCUGUGGAGGAUGCCUUUGUGCCAGUUAUCAAGUUCAUCUUUGAUGGCAUUGAGAUCGACCUUCUGUUUGCGAGGCUUGCGCUUGCAUCGAUCCCAGACAACCUGGACCUUAGAGGGGACUCUUUACUGAGGAACCUGGACAUCAGAUGCAUUCGCAGUCUGAACGGUUGUCGCGUCACUGAUGAGAUACUUUACCUGGUGCCGAAUAAGGAGAACUUCAGGCUGACUCUGCGAGCCAUCAAAUUAUGGGCAAAACGUCGCGGCAUCUACUCCAACAUGCUGGGUUUCCUGGGUGGUGUGUCGUGGGCCAUGCUGGUGGCCAGAACCUGUCAGCUGUACCCCAAUGCUGUAGCCGCCACGCUGGUGCACAAGUUCUUCCUAGUCUUCUCGAAGUGGGAAUGGCCCAAUCCUGUGCUUUUAAAACAGCCAGAAGACAGCAACCUGAAUCUGCCUGUUUGGGACCCUCGAGUGAACCCCUCAGACAGGUACCACCUGAUGCCCAUCAUCACCCCUGCCUACCCCCACCAGAACUCCACCUACAACGUCUCCACAUCCACACGCACCAUCAUGAGCGAGGAGUUCCGGAAUGGUCUCACUGUGACCGAUGAGAUCCUUCAGGGUAAAGCAGACUGGUCGAAGCUGUUCGAGCCUCCCCACUUCUUCCAGAAGUACAAGCAUUACAUUGUGCUCACAGCCAGUGCAUCUACAGAAGAUAACCAUCUCGAGUGGAUCGGUCUUGUGGAGUCCAAGAUCCGAGUUCUGGUGGGCAACCUGGAGAGGAACGAGUACAUUGUCCUGGCCCACGUCAACCCACAGUCCUUCCCAGGCUCCAAAGAGAGCCGCAUUGAGAAUGAUUACGUGUCGAUGUGGUUCAUCGGAAUCACGUUCAAGAAGAUGGAAUCUUCGGAGAGUGUGAACAUUGACCUGACGUACGAUAUCCAGUCCUUCACAGACACUGUCUAUCGGCAGGCCAACAACAUCAACAUGCUGAAGGACGGCAUGAAGAUCGAGGCCACGCACGUCAAGAAGAAGCAGCUGCACCAGUACCUGCCCCCAGACGUGCUGCAGCACCGCAAGAGAAAGGGUGACCCCAACCGCAGCUCCACAGGUGGCAGCGACUCCAAGCGCUGCUCCAUGGACGGCAGCCAGCUGGACAGCUCCAGAGACACGGACACGGGCACCCCCUUCAGCUCGCCCACCCCGGUCCUCAUGCCCUGCAAGGCAGCCGCCGCCGACACAGACAGCAUCACGCCUUCCAAGCCCCCAGUGCCCCUGUUCGUGGACAGCUCCCCUCCAGAGGCUGAACAGGGCAUGUCCAUUCCAGUCAUCGGCUCCAAGCCCUCUGCUUCUCCAGUUCCAAAGUCGUCCUCACCAGCCCCUGCCCCUGCCUCAGCCCCUACCCCUCCCACAGCCUCCGCUCCAGCUCCAGCCCCAGCCCCAGCCUCCGCAGGCAGCACCAUCCCCACAGUGGUGGGCCGCAGUGUGGUGGCCCGGGCCUCCAGCAACAGCCCCACAGACCACCUGAACGGAGCAGCAGCAGCAGCAGGAGCCGGUGCUGCUACCUCUGCCACCUCCAAGAGGCCACACUCCCCCACACUGGACGAGCCCAGCAAAAGAGGCGGCGGUGGGGACCAGGCGUUUCCCGUGGCCCCUGCUGGCAGCACCAUCCCCACAGUGGUGGGCUGCAGCGUCCUGCCCUCCAUGGGCUCCCCCAGUGGCAGCGGCAGCAGUAGCCCCAGCAGCAGCAGCAGCGGCGGCGGCGGCGGCCUUCCCAACGGCCUGAACGGCUCGGCCGGCAAGAGGCCCCACUCCCCCACCCAGCAGGAGUCGCCAAAGAGGAGCAAGGAGGCCGCUGAGGAGCAGGUUUUCCCUGACGACUCUGCGUUUAAGGAGCCCUUCCCUCCAUCCAGCAACGGCCAGGAGCAGGGAGACGGACCAGCAGUGGAGGGACUGAGUGGUACGAAGCCCAUGCCCAUUCCCACCAUCGACACAACGCGAACACAGAGGCUACCCAGUAAGGAGCUGCCUGAUGCCUCGUCUCCGGUCCCCACCAGCAACCUGCGCGUCAUCAAGAACUCUAUCAGACUCACACUCAACCGAUAGCAGUGGAGAUACACAGGUAACUCUGGUUAAGUUGUGUGACGGCUUCUUAAGGUGGAUGGAUUUAGAUUUUCUUUUGGACUUUGAUGGGUUUUUUUUCUCCUUCCUUCCCUUCUUACUUUUAAAAAAAGAAAUGAACAAAAAAGAAACAUUACAAAAAAAGUAUAAAAGGAAAAAAAACGUUUGGUAUUCACACUGCGAUGGACUCCAGAAGCAAGACUACUGUGUUCAACUUGUGAAGCUUCUUCAUUUUAUGCUUCCUCUCGCUCCCUGAAAAAAAAACGUAAUUGUUAUAAUGACAAGAGACAGAGAAGCAACAAAAUUCUUUAAUUGUAUUCGUGUUUCAUGUGUGUUUUUGUUUGUUGUUUUUUCCUUCUUCUUUUUUUUGCUUCAUUUUUUUUGGCCCCCAAAAAACCCUGUUUUCCAUAUUGUCUGUUUUUUUAACGCCUUAAUGUGUCACAAAAUGCUUGCUGCGUACAGUUCCUGGAGCGCAUUUGAUUUUUGAAGCCAGACUUGUACAUUUAGGUAGUUAAUGUAUAUAUAACCCGUCUUUAAAAGAAAAAUCACUGUUAGUGUUUCAAUACAGCUGUACUGUAGGUUUUUAAUUAACAAAAAAAAAGAAAAAAAUAUAAAAGUUGUUCCUGUAUAUGAGAUUCUCCGCUGUUAGACAAAAGACCAUUUUUCUUUCUUUCUUUUUUUCCCCCACUCCUUGCCGUCCCCCUCCUCCUCAUGCCCACCCCCAGAGUUUUGUUAUGACUGUACAGGUUUGGAUACAGUACCUGGGGAAGGAGGUAUUUUAUUGCUUUGAGGCAGGAGUGGGGCUGGUGUUUUGGACCUGGGCUGUGGGGGUGUUGUACUACAGUAAGGUUCUGGUCCGAUAGAGGAGACCCGGACUAUGCUAGGAGUGCAGUGGCUGCUUAGUGACCUUUCAGUGGGUCCCACAGCCUCUCACCAUCCCCUCAUCCCCCCCAUCUAGCUCACGUCACCAAGAACUGCACGCGUCAGCAACCACACGCGGGCCCUACUCUCUAACCACCUAGCAGAGAACGUUGUAACUGGUGUGAGUGAGCAUGCAUGCGUGUGUAUGUGUGUGAAAGUGAGACAGAAAGGGCAAGUGAUUGGGAUGAUGUAACCAGUGUGUAAAGUCUUGUUGGUAUGGUGUGAUAUGUUGUGUUCUGUGCUCAGGUUAGUGUUUGUGUGCGUAUGUGUUGGACUGCACCCGGUUGUUCCUGUCUUUGAGUUCCCAGUGUUAAGGGGGUGCAUGUACCCCUUCCGUCUCUUCUCCACAGCCUCAGCCCCUUAUGUGUGCCUCCCAUGGAGGUUCCCAAAGGACCGUUCACCCUCUCCCACAUCCCUCUCCCACUUCAACAGUAAAUCUUUACAAAGGGAGACCAGUCCGUCUUGCUAGUAUCUUGUAUAAGCUGCCAUCCAAGAUGAUCUGAUCUGAUCUUGCGCAUCAACAAAGGGUAUUAUUAAUACAUUCAAGAUAUUUGUGCUAUAUAACGGCCUCAAGCCGAUGUAAACAAACAAAAUCAGUCUUGGGUGAUUAGGGCAUCCCAAACACUGGUCAGUCUUUGUGUUUUAUUCCACAAGAUGGGUCCAAACUGGUGUUGAUGGCCAAUGUGGGGCUGGCAGCGCAAAAGGUCCUAUGUUCACCGCAUACAGAAUGUACAGGAAGGCUACAACAGCCCCAAUACCCCCCAACCAACCGAAGACUUCAGUCACCUUUCCAAUGUUUUACUGGAGCUCUGACCAGACCUUAGCGUCUCCUUAAUGUUUUAAGAGCAGCUCCCUACACAGCUUUUGAGUUAGACAUGAGAUUAUCUCCUGAAUUCCAUUUUCGUUUUUGUACUUUAUUUUCCUUCUUCCCAGGUAAUGCUCUAUAUAAACCACUGUUCAAAACUGGUCAAGUGUACAGAGAAAGAGUGCGUGUGUGCGAGAGAAACCUGUGUAUUUAAUAGGGAGAAGGAAGGCUUACUAUUCAUUUUUUUGGGGUUUCUUAUUCUUUUAUUUAUAUGUGCAUAUUUGUACCAUGUAAUUUUUUAUAUCACAGGUAUUACAGUUAGAUUUCCUUCAGAGUGGCAUUGACGACUCUCAACUUGAAUCCUCCUUAAUGAUCUUGGGGAAAAGUUAUUUUACUUUUCCUUCCUUCUUUUUUUCUUUUUUUUCUUUUGUUUUGUAGGGCAACAAAUUGUAUUUGAAAUGGUAUUUUUGUAUGUAAUGUAUAUUUCCUCCUUUAAAAUGACACCAUAAAACUCACAAAACCCCA